GAUCUCCAUCGUCGUUUUGUGUUCUUCAAUAGAACUACGAAGCAACCCCUCCGUCUCUCUGCUCCCAGCCCUGCCCUACCGUCCAUCCGCCUUAUCCUCAGUCCCAAUGUCGACCUCCGCUCAAUUCAAACUGAGCGACUUUCCUCACAAAGUCCUCGAACCCAUUGCCACCCUCACCGCCCCACCGACUUACGCCACUCUCAAAGUGGCCCAACGUCAACUCAGUACCAACGCCGCCGCCAUCCCUACGCUCAACGGCGGCGGCGCGCACGGCCACAUGGCCCUCACACUUACUGCCCGCGCCUACGCCGACAUCAGCGACGUCCCGUUCGACAUCCCCGUCGCCCCUCCGGCCAACCCUCCCGUCGGCACCACGCAACCGCAAAUCACCGAGUUCAACCGCAUCCACCAACGCGAUGCCGACAUUUACAACCUUUAUGUCGCCGUCAAUAACGCCCUCCGUCAGCAACUCCUCGACGCCAUCCCGAAAAUCUACGUACGCGCCCUCGGGCAUCCCAUUUUCGAAUUCAGCACCGUCACCUGCCUCGAUCUGCUCUCUCACCUUUGGACCAAAUACGGCACCAUCAAGCCCGCCGACCUUCAGAACAAUUUGCAGUCCAUGUAUACCCCGUGGAACACCGCUGAGCCCCUUGAGACUGUUUUCCUUCAGCUCGACAACGCCAUUGCGUUCUCUAUUGACGGCAACGACCCCAUCUCUGAGGCCGCCGCAGUUCGUGCCGGCUACGAUGUCCUUGCCCACUCCGGCCUUUUUCCCCAAGACUGCAAGGAGUGGCGGAAAUUACCCCUUGUUUCUCACACCCUUGCCAACUUCCAGGCCCACUUCACUCUUGCCGACAAAGACCGGCGCCUCACGGCCACUACUGGAUCCCUCGGCUACGCGAAUGUGCUCACGGCCACUCCCUCGCUUGCUCCCACCAUUAGCUUGGACCCUCUCAGCCUUCCUUUCUCAGCUCUCUCUAUUCUUAAUUCAUCUGUAGUCCCCUCCCCGCCUAGUCCACACACCUCAGCAAUUGCCGACACAGGCUGCACCGGUCAUUACAUCACGGUUGACUGCCCCCACCAAAACAAACAACCAGCAAACCCAAGCCUCUCCGUCUGUGUCCCCAACGGCUCCGUCCUCCGCUCAAGCCACGUUGCCACCCUGGCCCUUCCUGGUUUCUCCCCUACCGCCUGCCAAGCCCACAUAUUUCCUGGGCUCGCUUCACAUCCGCUCCUCUCCAUUGGCCAACUAUGCGACGACAGCUGCACAGCCACCUUCUCAGCCACUCGCCUCGACAUUCAUCGCGACCAAACGCUGCUGCUCUCCGGCACCCGCUCCCGCCACACCGGCCUCUGGCACCUCGAUCUCGCCCCAUCCCCUCCUCCCGCCACAGCCCAUGCUCUCAUCCCUCAUUCCUCCCUGACCGACCGCAUUGCCUUUAUCCAUGCCUCCCUCUUCUCCCCGGCUCUCUCUACUUGGUGCAACGCCAUCGACUCCGGUCAUCUAACCACCUUCCCGGACAUCACCGCCCGCCAAGUAUGCAAAUACCCACCGGCCUCCCCUGCCAUGAUUAAAGGCCACCUCGAUCAACAACGGGCCAACCUCCGGUCCACCAAGUCUCCUCCCAUUGGUCCCCUGGCGGCCCCCAUUGCCCCUACUGCCACCUCAGCUCACGACCGCCCACCUGUUGCUCGCACGCACCACGUCUUUGCCACCCAUCAGCGCGUCACUGGACAGAUCUACACUGACCAACCAGGCCGUUUUCUCACUCCUUCCAGCGCUGGACACACCAACAUGCUCGUCCUCUACGAUUACGACAGCAAUGCCAUUCACGUCGAGCUGAUGAAGAGCAAAUCCGGUCCCGAGAUCCUUGCGGCGUACAAACGUGCACACACGCUUUUCACCGAACGCGGCCUCCGACCUCAACUCCAACGCCUGGACAACGAAGCCUCUGCAGCCCUCCAAACCUUCAUGACUUCCGAACAUAUCGACUUUCAGCUUGCUCCCCCGCAUCUGCACCGUCGCAAUGCAGCCGAACGGGCCAUCCGCACCUUCAAGAACCACUUCAUUGCUGGCCUCUGCAGCACUAACCCGGAUUUCCCGCUCCACCUGUGGGACCGACUCAUUCCCCAUGCCCUCCUUACCCUCAACUUACUCCGUAGCUCCCGCCUCAAUCCCAAGUUAUCGGCCCACGCUCAGCUCCACGGUGCCUUCGAUUACAAUCGCACUCCACUCGCUCCCCCUGGCACUCGCGUCCUCGUUCACGUUAAGCCCGCCGUUCGCGAAACAUGGGCACCCCAUGCAGUCGAAGGUUGGUAUCUCGGCCCAGCUCUGCACCAUUAUCGCUGCCAUCGCGUCUGGAUCACCGAAACACGGGCAGAACGUGUCGCCAACACCCUUUCUUGGUUACCUAGCCAGAUCCCCAUGCCUACCGCCUCAUCCAACGACCGUGCCCUGGCCGCCGCCCGCGAUCUGGUCCAUGCGCUCCAAAAUCCCUCCCCUGCUUCCCCGUUUGCACCUCUCGACGCACACCAGCACCAGGCCCUCACCCACCUUGCCGAUCUCUUUGCCACCAUUGCCGCACCUGCCUCUGCCGCCCAGACACCUGCUCCCGUCCCCACGGUCCGUCCCCCUGACCUACCCGCCACCCCACCUCAGGUCCGCUUUGCCGUCCCGCUGGUCACCGCUGCACACGCCCCUGCCCUUCCGAGGGUGCCAACACCCUCGCCCGCACUUCCGAGGGUAACCCCGGCCGCCGACGCCGCACAGCACGCAAACAGCCACCAACCCCAACCCUAG